AUGUCCAGCUCUUGGAAAGACGGCAUUCUCCUCAAGCUCGUGAACAUCCUCUUUGUAUUUUUGUUCCUGGGGUCGAAUAUUUAUACCUACGCUUCCGGGACAUACUACGGUGGAAAGGAGACCUAUAUUACUCCUGCUCCAUGGGCGUUCCUUAUUUGGUCGCUCAUCCAUCUCCUCCUCCUUGGUACACUUGUGUACCAAUUCACGGCAGCUGGCAAGUCGGUGGUCAUCGACGGCAUUAGUUGGCGAUUCCCUCUCUUGGUUGUCCUCAACUCAAUCUACGUUAAUUUCUGGGGAAAAGGACAUUACGUCAUUGCCUUCAUUUUCUCCCUCUUCGUGUCUUCGGCUGUCACCCACAUCUACUAUGUCGUCAAGAAAUAUCACGUUGCGGAGUCCUUGGGCGACGAACUCUUUGUCCACCUUCCCUUCUCGUUAUACCAUGGGUGGACAACUGUUCUUGUCGUUAUAACUGCUUUCCAGGCUUUCGGCGUCAACUCACAAACCCAUGGCGCUGGGAUCUGGACCAAAGUUUUCGUAUUCCUGGCUUUGUUCUUCCUUGAAGGCACAGCAGCGACAUACUCAUUCUCAUCGGUGGAGGGCGACCUUCCAGCUUCCAUCGCCAUUGCGUGGUCCCUGUUUGCGAUUUUUGCCCAGCAGAACGGAAGCGGUUUCGUUCACUGGAGCUCUUUGGUAUUCGCCAUCCUCGCCCUUGUCUGGGUAAUCAAGGGGGCCUAUGGUGUCUUUGUCAGGAGCCGUGGGGGUGUUCGUCUUGAUGAUGCUGAGCGUGCGCCACUUGUUGGAGGUGCAUGA